AUGUUUAGUUCGAACACUCCAAAUCUUAGUCUCCCCACAGCAUUUGCGGCCAAAUCAUUGGUUCUUGCCGCAACGCCUUCGGUGCUUCCUCACCUUUUCCCAAUAAUAGAGAAUAUCCACUCUCAAGGAAUACAAGUUUUAGUUGCAGGUGUUGAUACUAUUCCCUUGAACAACCGUAAUGGAGUUUCAGAGUUGUGGCUUAAUGAAAAGUUGGAGAUAAAAAGUCCUGAAGACGAAAGCAAGGAUCAUUCCCAUUCCCAUUCGGAUUUGUCGUCGGUUCACAAGCUCAAUAACUGGGAGAGUACCAAAGGUUCCUUAAGAAUCAAUAUAAAUGAUAAUUCCGUCGUCGAUAUGCAAUUGGCAAAUACGCUUUUUUCCACUGGUCACGAUCAUACAUUAUUUUAUUUGGAUAGCUCUCGUAGAGGCUCCGGUGAAUUGACAGACCAAUUAGAAGUAAUAUUACCUUUGGGAUUGGUCAAAGAGGAAAAGGCAGCAGUCACUGACAGAUGGACACCACUUUAUGAAGGUCAAACAUUUACAAUUACUAAUUGUGUUGGAAACUUGUUGAAACAAGUUGACGGGAAAGGUGCCUCAUCUUAUUUGGAGAAGAGCAAAUUGCUCAUGGACCUUGGUUCCAAAGAUACUCAAGUUUAUGUUAAGAUUCACAGAAAAGCAGGUAACUACAAAACAAUACUAAGAUACGAGGUCAUAGCGGGAGGAGGUGGCUGGGGAGCUAAAGCGGAUAUUAUAGCACUCACACCUCACGCCACCAUUUCUAAAGGUGAUAAAAUAGAGUUUUUUAUGCUAACCCCCUCAGAUAGAUAUAGCAGUGAUAGCCAGUCACUGCGAAAUAGCUUAGAUAAUAGCAUAGUAAUCGAGUGCAGCCAGGAGGAAGUUUCAUACAACAACGGUGCAACUGGUGAUGAUGCCUCAACAUUAAGCUAUUUUGGAUGUGGUAGCGAGAAAGGGUUUACAUAUAAAGGAGUGGGCCAUGCCUCUUCAGGUGAAAAAUUGGCAUUCGCCUUGAAUUAA